CUCAAGCUUCAGCUCAAGUGCAUUCAACUAUAAUCCUAGAUGAUGUCCCUAGCAAGAGACAAAUAAUUGAGGAUACACGUGAUACUGUGUCUGCUGAACAGGUUUCUUCACUCUGAGUCUCUAGAAAAGCUAUUUAUCACCAUGUUUUGUAUUCUAAUGUUUUUGUUUUUUUAUUAGUUGAUUGAAGCUGUGCUAAGAGGCAAGUCUGGGGGUGAAGAAGUACUACAGGAGUACCAAACAACAGAAACCCUAACAGAUGCUGCAAGAAGAAAAAUGGUUAACAUCCUGGUGGCUCACAUGAUUGACAAUCAUGGGCACCGAGGAGAUAUAAAGCAAUCAGAGAAGAUUAUGCACGUGGGAUAGUGAUGUUGUUCCCUUCCCUCGAGGAUCCAUACUCCAAGAAGGGCUAUGUAAUAGGAACACUUCUAUGAUGCUGCAAGCAGCACAGGAUACAUUUCUUGGCGUCUGAAAACAGUCCAGAGGAAGAUUCGUCGAGGAUCUGCACUGCCACCAAAUAGCCCAAUUGACUUUUCUCCAGGGGGCCCAAAUUUCCAAAGGACUGUUAAUGUUGAAAGGCAGCUUGAUGGUGAAGCUUGCCAAAGAGGCCAUGUCUUUGCUCAACCAUACCACAGACAAUUCCCAGAUUUUCCAGAAGAUGAGAGAGACCUUUCAGCACCGUCAGAAGCUCGUUCAUGACCCAGGCAGAAGUGUUGAUAUCCUCUCCAGCUUCCCAAGAUUCCUGGAUACAAAAGGAUUGGUGGACCAAGACUUCACUCUCCUAUUUGAUGACGACACAUCCUCCAGGCUUCUUCAGAAAUGGGAUUUGUUCUUCAAGCCAAAUGUCAUAAAAGAGGCUAGGCGGCUCACCUCAACACCAGAGUUGCGUCGCUUGGUGCAGUCAGCAGAAAGUCCCCCAGGAAGUGAUCUUGAUGAGGCAACAACCUACGACCAAGAAAUGGCUUCCCUGUUGUUGCUGUUACAUCUCCUUCCACCACCUCCAGGGGGACUGAAGUCUCCAAAAAUUAGUGCACGUGAUGCAGUUGAGAGACUUGUUGUCUUUCAUAAGGUCAUUCGAUUAUUAAGUCACGCUGCAGUUUGGAGGAGCAUCUCCGCAACCAGCAGGGUCGGCAGCCGUACCUCCUCGCUGUUGGGCGUCGGAAGAGCAGGACUGAGAGCUUCUACAUCACAAUGGAUAAGCGUCUCAUCCCAUGCAAGGAAAACCGCUCCCUCGGGGCAUGUGAUGAACUUUUCAAAGCACAUUUUGUGUUUAAUUUGUCUUACGAUGUGGCACUUGUGAAUUUUUUUAACAUUCCUGCAGACAACAGUGUAUGACAUUGAUGUGGGGAAAAUGAAGGAGUCACCCAGAGUUAAAGACUUGAGAGCGAGACUGCUUAACCAGCCAGUAGCACUCUCACCCUGUGAGUAAGAAGCUAUAACAAUGUUGACCUGUUUCAUGUGUCAGAAUUAUUAUCCCAGCAGUCAACAGUUGAUUUCACAUUUAAGAGUUGAACAUGGUUACUAUCCUGGACCCAAGUUGAAAUUGUUUUGUUCUCAGCAAGGCUGUAGGCAUCAGUUCCUAACAUAUACAGGUUUUCGGAAGCACCUUAAUAGUGUUCAUAGUAAUGUUCAGCAAAUUGCUCAAACUUCAACUGUUGCAUGUUCAUCUAGUGAGCCAGUUGCAACUUCAUCUCAGGCACAUGCUUUGGAGGACACAUUUAAUCCACAAAGUGUUUAUUCUGAGAGCAAUGAUUCAGGACUUACUAAAGAUCCAACUAAAGAAAUGUGUGCAUCCAUCGUGGCCAAAUUACAGGAGAGUGGGAUUUCCAACAGUUUGGUAUCCUCAAUUGUAAGAGAUUUGGAAGAACUAACAAGUGAGAUUCGCUCACAAGCAAAGCAUACAGCUAUUUCUGCUUUACCUAUAACUGACCCCAACAUAUCUGUGAUAAAUGAAUCUUUUGAAGAUUAUGAAAACCCGUUCACAAAUCUAAAUACAGAAUGGAAACAAAAUAAAUACUUCCACCAAAAAUGGGGAGUUGUCGAGCCAGUAGAACUAACACUGGGAGUGAGAUAUGACAACAGGCGAAAUCAGAAAUCCGGUACUUAUGAUCAAGUACCUGUGAAGGAUACUUUUAUAUAUGUGCCGAUUUUAGAAACAUUGAAGUUCAUGUGCAGAAAUCCAGACAUUUGUGUUUUGCUAAAGAAAGAGUGUAGAUCAGAGCCUGACACUUAUACUGACUUUUUUGAUGGAAGUUAUUUUAAAACCCACCCUUUGUUUACAGCUAAUAGACAUGCAUUACAAAUCCAACUAUACUAUGAUGAUUUUGAAACAGCCAAUCCCCUUGGCUCCAAACGUGGAAUUCACAAAGUUGGCUCUCUUUAUUUUGUUGUAAGAAACUUUCCACCAAAAUGUAAUUCGGUUUUGAUGAACAUUCAUUUGGUAACACUUUUUCACACACAAGAUCUGCACAAGUAUGGUUUUGAUGUUAUACUAGAACCGCUGAUAAAUGAUUUGAAAAAACUAGAAAGCCAAGGGCUAUGUCUUCCAUUUUCAGAUGAGCAGGUAUAUGGUACAAUCUGUCAGAUCACUGGAGAUAAUCUAGGGAUGCACACAAUUCUUGGUUUUAAUGAGUCAUUCAGUAGCCGUCAUUUCUGUCGCCUUUGUUUGAUUGAGAAGAAUGAUUGUCAAACGGUAUACAGUGAGGAUGAUCCUAAGGUGAUCCUUCGUGGAAAAGAUAUGUUUGAAAUGCAUUGCCAGUCUCUCCAGGAAAACCCACAAUUGAAGUCACUUUAUGGUUUGAAAAAAAGAUCUACACUUAAUUCAUUGAUGUAUUUCCAUGUUUGUAAUAACAAUUCAUUUGAUAUCAUGCAUGAUCUUCUUGAGGGUGUGGUUCAGUAUGAGAUCAAAUUGCUUUUUGGAUAUCUCACACAACACUUUAUGUCAGAACAGGACUUGCUUUCCAGGAUUUAUGGUUUUGAUUAUGGAUUUUUAGAACGAAAGAAUCGUCCUACAAAGAUUAUUUUGGAGAGUGUUGGCAAUGGCAUUGGUUUGAAUUCUAUUCAGACAUUGUGUCUUGUGAAAAACAUCCCACUGUUGUUUGGUGACAUUAUUCCUGCAGGAAACAAAAACUGGAAUUUGUUACUGUUGUUACUUCAAAUAAUGAACAUAGUUUUUUCACCUUCUCUCACUCUAGGUAUGACAAUAUAUUUAAAGCAUUUGAUUGUUGACCACCACAAACUAUUUAAGCACUUGUAUCCACAUAGAAACUUGAUACCUAAGCAUCAUUUUAUGAUCCAUUACCCAUCUUCUAUAAGGAAAAUUGGCCCCUUAUUAUAUACGUGGUGUAUGAGGUUUGAGGCCAAACACAAGCUGUUUAAAGAUUGUUUAAAAAAAUAAAAAAAAACUUAACCAAAUCGCUUGCUAAAAAGCAUCAGAUGGCCAUUGCUUAUCACUGGGAAAACUUCACCCUCAAACAAAAUGAGUAUGGGCCAAUUAAAUAUUUUCUCUUCAGAGAUGAGAAUGUCGUCAAACAAUGAAAUGCUUGAAACGAUCUUGUCAAAAUAUGUUUUCUCAACUAGUUGGGUUAAAGUUGAUGGUGUAGAGUAUAGCGCUGGACUAGUUAUUUGCAGUGCAAUGGGAAGAAGACAUGCCAGUCUUUUGUCAAAUAAGUGAUGUACUUUUGGUUGAAGAUUUUACAUUUACAUUUACAUUUUUAGU